AUGGGGAAGUGGCUGAGGUAUGCUUUUUGUACGUACGGUUUUUUUUUUCUUUUUGCCACUUUGGCUUUAUUUUUCAGCAACAAUAGAAAAGUUGAGCGAAAAGUGCGUGGAGGGAAAUUGCUUCCCGGUGGGUGGCUCACUUUGGAACCGGUGCCUGCGAAGAAGGAUCCCAUGAACGCCAACGAUGUUCUUACCGUCAUCAGCCCAGACGAUGGGAAACGAUUUCGUAUCAACAUUAAAGGGGACAUUGGACGGCUGACGAUUGGACGACUGAAGCAGUGCCUUGCCACGGCCUCCUCGUAUUCGGUUCCCGUUGCCGACCAAGUCAUCAAGUUUAACGGCACCCCGCUCACCCGGGACGAUGAAGUGUGCGCCGCCUACGGUAUUAUGAAUGGUUCCACGCUUACUGUGGAACAUCGUGCCAAUGUUGACCCGACGACAGACCACACGGCAUCCUUUGUCUCGCCCCACCGGCAAGCACUGGAGUACCAAACGAUCCGGCAGCAGGAGGAAAUUCUUGGCGACGAGGUUCUGGGAUACGACAACACACUUCAGGUAAAAAUUGACCAACUGCAGGAUCAAGUUGAGGCAGCAGAGAAGAAGAAAAUGAAGAUUGCGCGGGAAAAGGAAAAGGCAGAGCGGGAGCUGGCAAGGCUCCGUCUGCAGGAGGAAGUUGCCGAGAAGCAAAAACGGCGGCUGACUCAGUUGCGAGAGAGGGAAGCACAGCGUGCGGCUCGGCGUGCGGCGGACUUAGCGGCACGACGCGAACAACUCAAGGCGGAAGAGGAAGCCACUCGGGCAGUCGCUCUGCAAAAACUUGACAACGAGCGACGCAGGGCGUCGUUAGAACAAGAACGGGCAGAGUACGAGGCAGAGAAGGAGCGUCUGGCGAAGGAACGGGAGGAGUACGAGCAGCGCGCAAAGGAGCGUGAGGUAAAUAUUCGCAAGAAGGAGAUUGAAAUAGAGCAACAGAUACUUGCCGCGGAGCGCGAUAGGAGGGAGCUGGAGUUAAGCCGGCUUGUGUCACACCAAAACCGACUGUUGUACCAUGAACGUGUGGGUAGACCGCCACCACCCGAGUUGACGCACGAGGGAAUGAGAAGAGGUGAGUGGUCUGGUAAUGAUCCAUUUUCUUUGCCUGUUGCGACGCCGGAGGAUAAGAAUGUUGCAUGGGGGAAACCCCAGGAAAUAAACAACAACAAUCCCCCAAACCAGCAAUGGCAACUGAAUCAGAAACAAUCAUACAGGCAGAGUGAUGCCCGGCAUCCGUCUGGCCCAAUAAAAAGUGAAGAAAAUGCCACUGCAAACGCCCAGUUUGAAGACUCAUACCAGAACAGGCCACGACCGCCAAGGGCUGCCGAAAAUGUGGUGAAAAUGAUGUUGCCUGGCAGGGAUAAUUUUGCGUUGGCUCAUGGCGGUAAUGACGUGUAUAAUGCGCGAGAAAAUGCCAUUGACAACCUGGU